AUGUAUUGUGGUAUUAGUAAAAGCAAUGUAUUAAAGCCAUACAUAAUCGGGGGGUCGGAGGCGAGUGGGGGUGCGUUCCCGUGGCAGGUGUCCCUUCAACGACGACAGGGCGGCCUUUGGGGCCAUUCAUGUGGUGCUGUCGUCGUAAACAAGAAUUUCAUUUUGACGGCCGCUCACUGUAUUAAUGGUUUAAGCGAAUCAUCGUUACGGGCAGUGGUCGGCACAAACCAACUCAAUGAUAAGCCGGGCACUGGCAAGACUACAGCCCAUGAAAUUAGCCAGAUCAUUAAACACGAGGCCUACAGUGCUGAGACAUUGGCUAAUGACCUAGCUCUUAUUAAAGUCAAACCCGAUUUUAAUCUCGAUAAUUCUGAUGGAUUUAUAAACAGUGUAUGUCUGCCAACAGAGGGACAGAAGUUUACGCAAUACGUGACACAAUCCGGAUGGGGCACAACAACGGCUGACGCUGGAGGUCAGACGCCGUCCAAUAAGUUAAUGUUUAUCAGUGAUGUGCCAAUUGUUUCGUUACCCAAAUGCCGAUCAAUCUAUGGCUAUAACCAGAUCCGAGAGGGUAUGCUCUGUGCCGGC